AUGACUUUCAUCAUUGUUUGUCGUUCCACUCUCAUAAGGAUGGCUAGACUGAGAGCGGUGGCUGCUACCAUCAUCUCGAGAUAUCGACUUUCUACAACACUCUUUAGCCUCCUCUGGCAGCUGCCUGCUCGCAGAUUGGCGAGUAUGACCAGCUCGUCAGUACAUAAGUCAUCAAACUCACGGAUACAAGUCGUUACAACUGCAAUGAGAGGCUUCCUCCGGAAGCUUGCAGCACAGGCAUCUACCGGUAAUGUACAAGGACCUGAUCACAAUGCAGAGCCUUACUUUCUCGCCAUCUUCCUUAUGUUUGAGUCGUUUCCGUACCGCAGCCUAGUCGACGUCUGCGACCCAAUGCUCUCUGACGCUGGCUUCUGGUUUGUCCCGUCAUCCGCUCGCCAUCCCAUCAACAGCUUGAAAGACCAGCCCACCCCCCGAUAA